AUGAAUGGCCCUCCUCCUUCGGCGAGAGCUUUUCUCUCCAGUAUUCCUUCACUUCCUGUUGGUGUGAAGGUCCGGUUUCUUGGUUGCGUAAAAACCUACAACGUCUCCUCGGGCCAUCUAGUCCUAGAGCACAACUAUCCCCGUUGCAAACCAACCCAGGAACCGCCAAGUAUCUCUGUUGAUAUCAACGCUGUUCUAGAAACGGUGGCGGCGGACGAACUACGGGUUGGUGCGUGGGUGAACGUGCUCGGAUAUGUGAGGAGAGAAGGGCCUUCGGUUUACGUGGAAGCCGUGAUGAUGUUCCCAGCUGGGGCGAUUGCAGUGGGAGAGUAUGAGAGGAUUCUGCACAAUUCGCUGGAAGUGGAUCGAAGGGUGCAGAGGCCUAAAUGA